AUGCCGCAAUCUUUGACUAUCAGUACCCCCCCACCGCACCAGAUGAAGCGGCAGCGGUCCCAGGAGACCACGGUCGAAGCCUCUAGGCCAGGCUCUGCGGGCCGUGCCUCAACGUCGACUAGAUCAACGAACGAACUCAACAAGUCUAGGAAUAUUGCCGUGAAGAUCCCACCGUAUCUGAAUAAAAGUAAACAGGAGAUCUCUGCGGCGUUCCAAGAUCUGGAGUGGAAGCAACGAUAUCGACUUCUACAUGCGGUCCAGAAUCCGGAGUCGUCUCCAUUUCGCGUGGACCGAUCUCCGGCUGUGCUGAGUCGCAACCGGUACGGCAACGUCCAACCAUGGGAAGCCCAGAGGGUCAAACUCAAGAAGCCGAUCGGCGGUUCAGACUACGUGAAUGCCUCUCCCAUUACGCUAAGCAGUCGCAACGUGCAUGCGUUCCUCCGCAAUGGAGGCCCGCUCGCUGCAUCAGCGGCCCAAGUGGAGAGUCGAUACAUCGCCAGCCAGGGACCAAAGGAAGGCCAGUUCUCCCAUUUCUGGCACAUGGUCAUGCAAGAAACUACAGGGGAUGUUGGAGUUAUUGUCAUGCUUACCCAGCUAUACGAGGGAAACAAGGAGAAGUGCGCGCAGUACUAUCCCCCGGACGACAAAACCUCGACUCUUUCGAUUGCCGCGCAUGAAGAUGGGAAUGGAGACGAGAGUGCUGAAACUACGGGCGAUGGUGACCCAUUCCUCGACGCCCCCGAAAUGACCGCCGAUACUGAUGGUGUAGGCACAGAUUCCGCUUCGAAUAGAACGGGCCCCACCCAAUCGAGCCAGAAGGACGAGGAAACCCAAGGUAUAUGUGGAGAGGUCAAGCUGCUCUCGCUCCAGGAGGACACCAGACUUGGAUGCGAGGUUCGAAGAUUGAAACUUACUAUUGACGGAGAAACCAAGGAGAUUUAUCAUUACUUCUACAAGAAUUGGCCUGACUUCGGAAAGCCGGAAGCGGAAGAUCGGAAAGCGCUGAUGGAACUCACCAAGGUCACAAAGAGGGUGGCGGGAGAUUCGCCUCGUAUCGUCCAUUGCUCUGCUGGAGUUGGGCGCACAGGGACCUGGAUAGCCCUAGAUUUUCUGCUACAGGAGCUGGAAGCAGGCAUUUUGGUCGAGUCUUGUUCCUAUUUUGCCACUGCAGCGUCGACGGCGAGAGACACCGUUGCCAAAGGAACCUGGGGCAAAAGUGGCCCUACCAAACCAAGCACACCAGACGGCAAAGAGGAAGAAGACGCCAUUUUCGAGACGGUCAAUGCACUUCGAGAGCAGCGGAUGAUGAUGGUCAUGAACGAACUGCAAUACAGCUUUUUGUACGAAGCCCUCAAGGAGGCGUUCAUCGAUAAGUACUCUGAGAAGGAGACAGGGCCAAGGAUUACCGAGGUGGCACACGAAGAACCAAGUCCGAAAGUUGCGAGGAAGAGUGCUCCGUUCUGUGGCAUCUACGAAGGCACCCGUGUCGGCACGGUUGAGCGUGAAGAGGAUACCGUGUCCGAGACUGGUCUGGAAGAGUCAGAGGCAGAGACGGAAAUUAUGGAGAAAGGCAAAAGCAUGGACGACGCGACGGGGACACCCGGGACAGAGGUGGAUACAGGGGAUCCCGAUCCCUACGCGGCAGUGGCACCGGAAACGAUCCGCGAAGGGCAAAAGAAGCACGAGCAAAACGUGGUACAAGACCAUGAAGUGAAAUGA